CCUCUUACUGUUGGGUUAAGAGCACUUCCAUCAUGGUACAUGUGAACUUUGCCGGCAGUCUAUCUGCUCUACUGGGGCUUCUCCUGACCAACUCCCUGGGGUUGGAACCUUCACGGAUAUCUUUCCCCCUCGAAAGUCCAGGGAGACCUCUUCUAUUCUUCAGCAAGCCAGGCAUUAAACACACCACCACAAUGUUGUUAAGCGAUGAUGGAUGCACUCUGUUCAUAGGGGCACAAGAUGUCCUGCUCUCAUUGGAUGUCAGCCAGCCCAAUGUCAUUACUAUGAAGACCAAGAUGGUGUGGAAGCCAUCUCCAGCUGAUCUUGAUAUUUGUACACAGAAGGGCAAGACACGAAUGACAGACUGCCCCAACUUUGUGCGAGUGCUGCUACCCAUCAAUUCCACCCACUUGUAUGCCUGCGGAACGUUUGCCUACAAUCCCCAUGAUUCCUACAUUGACACACACACUCUCACCAUGGCAAAAAUCCCAAGCAACUUAAAUGAUGCAAGAGGCCGAUGUCCGUUUAACCCAUAUCAAAGAAACACAGCCAUUGUUGUUGGUGGUGAGCUUUUCACAGGCACUACACAUGAUUUCUUGGGUAGGACGCCAAUAAUCUCCCGCCAUCUCAGUAAAGAUGGUCGUCCAGACGUUAGCCAGGACACUUCAGUCACCUUGGAUGAUCCCAUUUUUGUCAGUUCUGCAUCUGACCCUAGCGAGGGGAAGGUAUACUUCUUCUUCAGUGAAGCGAGUGAACACAGAUUUCUGGAUGACUUCAGAGUGUCACGGGUUGCCCAGGUCUGCAAGGAUGACAUUGGUGGAAAGCGCAUUCUGCAAAAACGCUGGACUUCGUUUGCUAAGGCUGAACUCCUCUGUAAGCCUCCCAAAGAGCUGCCAUUCAAUAUCAUCGAGGACGUGUUCACCUUUGCUCCAUCAGAGGGCGACUCAACACAAGAUAUUUUUUUCUAUGGUGUCUUCACAUCCCAGUGGGACAUCAAAGAUGUAUUUACUGGGAAUUACAAGAUAUUCAAAGAAAACCAAUGGAGUGAUCGUAUUGACAAGAAAAGCAACAUAGGCAAGUGUGGGUUGGAUAACGCCUCAGACACCACACUAAUGGCAGUUAGGGAAAGUUUCCUUGCCAGUAGAAGUGUGCGUCCAAGAGGUGGUGUACCAGUCAUCAUCUCUCCCAACCAACGCUACAGUAGGGUUGCGGCACUGCAAACACAAGCUGCCAAUGGUCAAGUCUACAACAUACUCUUCCUGCUUAGUGAGUCUGGGUUUCUCCACAAGGUUGUGCUCUUGGAAAAAGGUCCUCACAUCAUAGAAGAGGUCCAAGUAUUCAGACAACCACAACUGGUGAAAAACAUCAUUCUCUCCAACUCCAAGGGUGUACUUUUUGUGGGGACCUCUGAAGGGGUGACCCAGGUGCCUGUGUCCCAGUGCAAUUCUUACAAGAGCUGUGCCCAAUGUGUUCUGGCACGAGACCCCCUUUGUGGCUGGGACCCUGCCAGUGGUCGCUGUGCUCGUGUGUCCGCCACUUCAGACAGUGUAUGGCAGGAUGUGGAACAUGGCACAGCGGAAAAGACGUGUCAAGGUUCCCUCCCAGUUGCACCGCUGCCAGUGGAAGUGUACACAGAUCUAAAUGAAGUAGUGAAGUUGAAAUGUUCAAAAACCUCCAAUCUGGCAACCCUAUAUUGGAAGUCAUCCAAAGCCAGCCCUCUACCCAAACACCUCUUCUUCACCUCUAGAGACGAGGGUCUGGUCUUUCUGGCAACACCUGACACCCUUGGAAUCUACCACUGUGUCUCUGUGGAGCAGGGUUAUGAGGAGAUAGCGACUAUCUACUAUGUGAGACAGCGUGUCUCUCCUCGGAUCAUUGAUACUCAAUCAGCUGAAGUCCGGACCACCACAACCAUCCAGAGGACCACAGAGGCUAAAGACCAGAUGACCACCAUGUUGGAGAUUCCAAGAGAAACUGAGGGAGAGUUAGAUCUCAUAACAUUGGUGGAGGAUGCAGUCAUCAACACUAAAGUAGACACCACCAGCAAGAUCAGCCAGUCCUCAGACACCCAGACCAUUACAGAGAACCUAGAAGACAUGGUCAACCGCAGUGAAGCCCAAACAGCCAAGAGUUACCAUAGUGAACUGGUGGCAGUAUCGUUUCUCCUGAGUUUAUGUGUCUGUUUGCUGGGGCUGGGGCUCUUUUGGUGGAGCCAGCAGGGCAAAUGGAAGUGUGUCCCGCAGGACAUUCCAGAGGGAGCAAACAGUGCAGAAAAUGAACCCAUGAAAUGAGCCCUCUCUGUCUUGCAACAUUUUCAUAUCCCAUUCUGAAGUCGGCCGAAUAGACUACAAGAUCUCUCGAUCAAGUCUCAGUGUUGUUACUUUUUGAAGCUCAUUCUCUGUAAUUUUGUAACUGUUUCCAUUACUUCCAUUACUUCCAACAAACGUUUUUAACUGACAGGUCUAACCAUGGAAAGAUGGAAGGUGGGCAGGUGGAGAUCAGAUUAAGUUGUAACACUUAGGUGCAUGAGAAGGCAGAUAUGCUGUGUUAGCAACACACACAAUUCUGAUAAACCAGUAAAAACAUGUUCAAAUGCUCUGUAUGUACUGUGCAUCCAAAUGUAGCCAAGGGUGUCCAGGUCUGCAUCAGUCCCUCAUUGGAAGGAGAGGAUGGAAAUAUAUUUUUUACAGCCCUCCAGAACUGACAUUUGUUAAGGGAUUUCUUGAACUGAUAUAUUCUUAAUUCUAUAAAUGUAUAAAGGAAUUACUGGUUUAAGUAUUAGGUUCAUGAAAUGGUAAAUAGUCCCCAUGUUUAGAUAAGAAAAGGAACGUGGGAGAGGGGGAUCCGGUUCCUGUCUAUUUGUUUAUGGUCAUCAUUGAAUGGAAUCAGUAAAUCAUUGGGUCCUCCAUCAAUCUUUCAAUCUAUCUGUUUAAAUCAUCACUGUAUCCUUUAUUUGUCCAGGUGGUGUGUCAUUUCUUCAGUCUUGUCACAUGAAAAGAUAUACUCAAAUAUUUACAAAAAAUGUGAGGGGUAUACUCACUUUUGUGAGAUACUGUAAAUACUUUGUCAUGUCCAAGUCAUCUACUGGUUGAUUGGAAAUCUUGAUUGCAGAUCAUGUGAGUGAAAAGAUAUUAGUGUCACUG